UUGCAUUGUGUCUGACUGAUUUUCAGAGCACCUUCGCUGUUUCCCCCUUCUCAUUCCCUUUCUGUAAAAUAUCUAGACAGGAAGGAGGUGGCUGCAGAGGCUGAGCAAACAAUCUCAUAUUCUGCCUGCAAUGUCAUCGUUUCUUUCCCCCAUUUUAGGGGGCUGAAGUUGCCCAGGAAGGGGAUGCAGAGGAGCUGGAAAGGAAGGGGGGAGCUCUCCAGAGGCAGCUGCGGUCAGGGGCAGGGACUGCCGCCAGAUGUGCCUGCCUCUCUGGGAUUUGAUUCGAAAGGGGCAGCAGGAGGAAAUAUUGGGAGACAAAAGCCCCGUUUUAAAUGAUCAUUUUCUUUAUUUAACAUGGCAGCAGACACUCUGCGUAGGAUCAUCAUGCCGAGCAUAAACUGGACUUUCCCACUUGCCUGGCAGGAGUGAGACAGAUCACUGUGUGCUAAAUGAGCAUCUGAGGAUGUUGUUCAACCUAGAAGAAAAUGCUUCUGCACGGUGGCUAGUCUGCUUCCCUUCAUUAUCUUCCUACCACGCAAAAAGAAAAAAAAAAAUUUUUUUCUUAAGAUUCUUUGACCAAACUUUGCUCAUGAUGAUGGAAUCUUCAGUAACUGUUGCUUCGCCACAGGAUGUCCUUGGCGUGUGCACCCCUGUGGAAUCCAGUUCAUCUCUAAUCUGUCAGGAAGCAUCAGAGGUGGUUUUGACUCCUUAUGUCCUGAGCCUGUGCACAAAAUGUGUAAACUGGAUAGAACAUCAGACAGCUCAUUAUAGAGACAAGUACGCUCCAUUCCCAAAGUUGGAUGACAGAACAAGUCAUGACCUUGUGUGGAGGAAAAUGAGAUCCCGAGUGAAGUCUACAAUGUCAUUGACUCUGAAGGAGGACUCAGAGACCCAUUGGUGUUUAAUGACCCUUACUGGCCUAUGCAAUGGGAAACUGGUAAGGAAAGGAAAAGAAAACAGGAAACAUUGGAAAGAUAAAUGGGGUCUUUCCUAUGAAGAGAGAUUUAGACCAUUGAUUGACAUUCAUACCUGUGAAAGUGAAGUGUCAGUCCUGGAAGAACUGGAGGCAUUUACACACCAGGAAAUGGUUACCUCAGUUUACUGGAUCUGGAUUAAUUCCUAACCGCUCAACUUUCCUACAUAAUUAAGAGUUUGCAGCUUAAGCACUGCCAAAAGCUACAUCUGCACUGAAAUCAAUUAUCUGUGUUUGGUGCGGACGCUCUGAUAACAUGUCCAGUGUUGGAGACUCUCAAAUAUCACUCCAAGGUCUGAUGCCAGCAAGUUACAUUGAAAUCACCUGGAGAGUGUGUUCAAAAUCCAAACCUGAGAGGACCCCACGUUGCAGGAAUGGGACCUGUGAGUUUGCAUGUGUUCUCAUCUACCAUCAUGAGCAGCCGUGCCCAAGUUUUGUUCUGUGGAACUGCAGUCCCUUGAGAUGCUCUAUGAAAAGAACAUUCUGUCUUAGAGAUUCACAAUCCAUGUGAUCAUACUGAAGUCUUAAAGUUAUUUGGCCUCGCACAGCCGGAUAUUUCCAGACUUUCUGGACCUUCAAAAUAUUUUUCAACAGAGUGUUUCAUGGAGCACACUUUGAGAAAAGGGAGUUUAGAGGAAUACUGUGAUGCCCCUUCCAUGAAAAUUAAGCAAAACAAAACUUCCUUUGCGUUUGCAAAUUUUUUUCUCAUAUACUCUUAUAAUAUUUUCUGUAAGCUAAAUAUUUCUUUCCUCUUUCCGAUUGCUCACCAUCUGUUGUUAGCAUAUAUGUUUUCUAAUAAUAUUUGAAAAUUAGAAACUACCUUAAAAUUAUAAGUGUGCCUGAAAUGCUCAGUUUUUUCCGAGGAAUGUGUGUAUUACUCAUGACUUCAAAGGUUUAAUUCUAAGAAUUUACAAAAGUAUAAUCAAAAUAUUCUGCUGUAGAGUCACUGGAACAACUCUCCACAUCCUGGCUUGUAUUUUAAUUAGUUAUGGUCAUGAUUUUCUUUCACUGGACUCCAGGCUACUUGAGGGAAAAGGCUGUAUCUGGCUCACAUUGCCAUGUUCAAAAAUCUUUGCUGAAUUGUGUUCAUUUCUGAAACCAGGUUUCUCUGGGAUUCUGAUAUCAAUAUACGGGCGCUGCUCAAUGUUCUGAGUUAGUAGUUCACUGACUUUGUCAGGUUUCUGUGUUUUACUUUGUUUUUUAAAGAUAAUUGACAUUUCAUCCUCAAUUUGUAUUUUGGAAGCAUCACUAACCAACAUUAGCUCAUCAUCCACUUUGGCUCCAAAACCCAAUCUGUCAUCUUUUUUAUAAGCUCCUUGAGGACAGGGUUUAUAUGUCUUUCUCGUAAACCUGCAAUACGGUUUUGUACAGUAGCAUUCAAGAAGCAGUUGUGGAGUGGAUAUAAAUAACCAAAAGGAAAAUACGUUGAACAACCUGUGACCAUUAUGACUUCCUCAAUAUCAUGUUUUUCUAAAAAUCAGAAUCCCAGACUUGAUGUUUAUGGCAACAUAUGUGUCAACCUGGGGCUGCUUUUUACCCAGUAAAUGGAUUUCCCCCGUUUGCUUUCUCUGUCCCUUGCUCUUGUUCCGGUUCAUAUCCCAAACUCUGAAUAUUCAGUUUAUGCAGUUAAAAGUUAAAUUUCAAAGAUAAUGAAUUUCAAAGUGGGUGUUUUAUUAACUGCAGCAAUAAACAAGUGAGAGUUACAUUACACGGUGACAAAAGUUCUUCAGCUUCCGUGGGCCCUUGUGUUCCCAGAUGAAGAGCCAAAUGGAAAUGUUUAAUAAAACAUGUGUGAGACUGCACAAUAGAACAGUCCUUACAUUUUACAUCAAGCUGCAUCAGGGUCACGGGAGGUGUUUUAUUAGCACAGUCAACAAUAAUAUCGUGAUUUUUAUUAGGAGGAAAAGAUAGUGAGAGACUACUAAUUAUUUUUCAGCCUGAGGGACAUUUUUUCUUGAAAUGACUGUUAAUUUGAUCAUUGUCGUGCAGUUCACAGAUUUACAUGAACUUAUUUCACUGUGACACAUGGUUAAGAACCAGACUAAGAUUGUUGCUUUAUUAAUGGUUUUCAGUAAAUGUAUUCAAAAGUGCUAACUGUGUGGGUGUAUGGAUGAUAUUGAUAGCACUUGGAAGGUUGAAUCCUUUUGGAAGUAGCUAGCCUGAAGCCCUUUUCACAUGAUAUUUUCUUUGUUCAUGCAGUGAGAUGUUAAGCCUACAAGAAUGAAAUAAAAUCCCAGUGAAAUAAGAAUGGUGUUGUCUCAGAU